AUGCACCAGCUACAUGCUCAGAUCAGGAUAUCUCCCAGAUAUGGUGGCAUCGGAAACUUGACACGGCCUUUCUUAGUAUGCAAUGAUACUGGAAGCAACGUGCUUACCCUCUUCUCUUCCGAUCUCCAGGCACUCCAGUUCAACAUGGUACUCCACAUUGGAGCCAUGCGAGGCGUAGUGCAAGUAACAACCGCCAAUGGCCCGGCUUUCCAGCAUUCAAUGGUUAUUGACAUGCAAAUUCUCACUUCUGCCUUUGUGCCACUUACCCCCUGGUUUGAAGAGCGUGCUAUUGUGAAGCCAGACAGUCCGGGAGAUGUACGCCUCUCAGGGAAGGCCAUGCGUGACUAUUUAUUCUUUGCCACCUCGCCCGGAAAUGCCCAUCUGUACGUUGCGCAGAAAAAAGCUGGAAUUAUUCGUGAUCUCCCCGCUUGA